CUUUAAACGGUCACCAGAUUGAAAUUUGAACCCUUUUCCGAACAAAAGACUAUACGACACUUUUACAGGUCCGCUCCUUGGCUCGAUUGUUGAUUACACUCACUAGCUUUCGUCUUCUUCUCUCAGUGCAUCCAGAACUUCUCUUUUUUACCAAAAUCUGCGAAUUCCAUGGAUAUUAUUCUACCAGACCCGGGAUCCCAUAUCCCAGACCCGCUUAUUUUGUGUUGCGAAAAACCUUCGGGUCAAGAACCACUAGGUUUAUCCGAGACGGAGAAAGAUGAAACAAUGCAGUUUUCGACGGAAUCUGUGGCGUGUGAUUCAGGUGCUGGGGGUGUCCCAAUAGGAACACUAGGGCAAGAAGCUGUUGGCGAAUCUGCAAAGCUGCAAGAAGAACAAUUGACGUUCUUGGCCGAAUCUAUGCUCUGCGAUUCGGGUUCAAGGCUUCUCCCUAGCGGUUUUACGAAAUCCUCUUGUACAGAAGUAGAGGAAAUUGUAUGCUUCAUUAAUGCCGGGGCGGAUACUUUGGUAGAAUCGGAUUCAAGCAUUACCUUUAUGCCUGACAAAUAUUUCGAAGGAGGAAAUACAUUUCAAACAAAGGAGUUUAUUGCCGAGGGUGGAGAUUAUCCCUUCAUAUAUCAGACGGCACGGUUAGGAGCCUUUACCUACCUGGUUCCUGAUCUUCUUCCCGGGACGUACGCUGUUGAUCUUCAUUUUGUGGAGAUUAUAAACAUUAAUGGGCCAAAAGGGAUGAGAGUGUUCAAUGUGUUCCUUCAAGACGAAAAGGUCCUUUCUGAUUUUGACAUCUUCUCUGUUGUUGGAGCCAAUAAACCACUGCGAUUAGUUGACUCUAGGGUUUCUAUCAAAGAUGACGGUUUGCUUGCUAUAAAGUUUGAGAGUCUUGUUGGAAGUCCCACAGUUAGUGGCAUUUGCAUAAGAAGAGCUCCAGAAAUGUCAGCUACUCGGGCAAAACAAGAGCAUCUUACAUGUACAAAUUGUGCUGCUGAGAUAAAAAUUCCAUCAGCUCAGAAAAAAGCUAUGCGAAUGCUAUCAACAGCCAAGUAUGAGAAACAGAUAGCAGAGCUAAGUGAACUAUUGCAGCGCAAGACAAAGGAAUGCUACCAAUCAUGGAUGUCUUGGUCUACAGCUAAUCAGCAGCUUGAGAAGGUUAGGACGGAACUUGACAAAAAGAUAUUUCAGACAUACUCCUUGGAUAAAAGUAUGGAGGAGCAGGCUUUCAAGUUGACAGAGAUCUCAAAUAGGUAUGGACAUGAUAAACAAGUGUGGUGUGUGGCAGUCAAUAAGCUAGAACAAAAAGUAAAGAUUAUGAAACAAGAACAUUCUCAGCUAUCACGUGAAGCUCACGAGUGUGUCAGUUCAAUCCCUGACUUGAACAAAAUGGUCUUUGCAGUUCAAUCACUUGUUGACCAAUGCGAGGAUCUUAAGCUGAAGUACAAUGAAGAGCAAGCAAAGAGAAGAAAGCUUUUUAAUGAAGUUCAGGAGGCUAAAGGAAAUAUUAGAGUAUUUUGUCGGUGCCGUCCUUUAAGCAGAGCAGAGGUCUCUGCAGGGUGUUCAUUGGUGGUGGACUUUGAAGCAGCAAAGGAUGGAGAACUUGCAAUUAUAAAUACCAAAAGGCCCUUCAAGUUUGACCGUGUGUACACGCCAAAAGAUGGUCAAGCUGAUGUAUACGCCGAUGCUUCACCUAUGGUGAUUUCAGUAUUAGAUGGGUACAAUGUGUGCAUUUUUGCUUAUGGGCAAACGGGAACCGGGAAAACAUUCACAAUGGAGGGUAACAAGGAGAACAGGGGAGUCAAUUACCGCACACUAGAAGAAUUGUUCAAAAUUUCAAAGGAGAGGAGUGACACUUUCACCUAUGAUAUAUCUGUCAGCGUUGUUGAAGUCUACAAUGAGCAGAUUAGGGACCUUUUGGCUACACCAUCCACAUCUUCAUCAAAGAAAUUGGAAAUUAAAAAAGAUACUGAUGGGCUUAAUCAUAUUCCUGGAGUAGAAGAACUUAAAGUUCAGAAUAUUAAUGAAGCGUGGAGUGUGUUGCAGGCUGGAAGUAGUGCACGGGCUGUGGGGUCCAACAAUGUGAAUGAGCAUAGUAGCCGUUCUCACUGUAUUCUUUGCAUAAUGGUGAAAGCCAAGAACUUGAUUACUGGAGAGUGCACAAAGAGCAAGCUGUGGCUUGUGGAUUUGGCAGGCAGCGAGAGACUGGCAAAGACUGAUGUGCAGGGUGAUCGCCUUAAGGAAGCUCAAAACAUCAACAAAUCUCUUUCAGCUUUAGGAGAUGUGAUAUCGGCUUUAGCUAAUAAAAGCAGCCACAUUCCAUACAGGAACUCCAAGCUGACACAUCUACUCCAAGAUUCAUUGGGUGGUGACUCCAAGGCAUUAAUGUUUGUACAAAUUAGUCCUUCAGACAAGGACUUGAGUGAAACUCUGAGCUCAGUUAACUUUGCUACCAGAGUCCGAGCGGUCGAGCUGGGUUCCGCAAGAAAACAAAUUGAUACAAGUGAACUCCAAAGAACGAAAGCAAUGCUUGAUAAGGCACGUCAUGAUUCUAAAUCCAAAGAUGAGUCCUUGAAGAAGCUUCAAGAGAAAUUGGAGAUCAUAGAGAAUAAGACCAGAGAGAAGGAACAGGUUUGGAAAAGCCAACAAGAAGAGAUCAAGGAAUUGAAAAGUCAACUUGAAUUAAAGAUGUCAUUGCAUUCCCAGUCUGAAAAACAGGUGCUGCAGAUAUCCGAUAGAUUGAGGGGUAGUGAAGAGACAUGUUCUACUCUUCAAAAACAGGUAACUGAACUAGAGAAGAAGAUGAGGGAGCAAGAGCAGUUAGGUUAUGAGAAUUACAAAAACAAGGUAAAGGAUCUUGAAAAUAAGCUGAAGGAACAAUUACAAGAAUCGGAGUCUCAUUCUAUCAUGCAUCAACUCAAGGUUGAGGAGGUGGAGAAGAAACUGAUAGAACAGGAAAAGAAGUCUGAGGAACUAGAGAAGAAACUAAAAAAUGAACAAGAAAAUAACCACAAGUUGAAUUUGCUGCUAAAAGAAAAGAUUGAGAAACUGGAAGAGAAGGUGAAGAAGGGUAAAAAAGAGCAUACGGAUGAGUCGCGUGUAGAUGAAACAGAAGACGACCUCCACAUUCUCAAAAGCUCGAAUCAUAUCAACUGCCAGCAGAAAGAAGUAAUAUCAGUUCAAAGGGGGAAACGGCUGUCAACUGCAAAUAGUGAAGCAGAAGACGACCUCCACAUGAUCAAAAACUCGAAUCAUAUCAACUGCCAGCAGAAGGAAGUAAUAUCAGUUCAAAGGGGUAAACGGCUGUCAACUGCAAAUAGUGAAGCAGAAGACGACCUCCACAUCCUCAAAAACUCGAAUUUUGUUAACUGCCAGCAAAAGGAAGUAAUAUCCGUUCAAAGGGGUAAACGGCUGUCAACUGCAAAUAGUGAAGCAGAGAACAAUAUUCCACCAAGCGGCAAAAGGAAGGAACAUGAAAAUGCUGCUGUGCAUGAAGGCGCAAUGAGGAGGAAACGGAUAUUGAAAAGCGAAGUGGAGAACAAUGCCUUUUCUGCUACUAGCGAAAGAAGGGGAGGCAGCAGGAAGUCUGAUCCUCCAAACCUGCCCAUGGCUGGUGGUGGUGGUGGGACUGUGAAACCCCCAUCCAAGCCAAGCUCAACUGCUGCAGCUCAGAGGACUUUGCGUAGCAAUGCUGCAAGCAGAGGAGAUCCAGUUAAAGAGAGGGAUUCCAAGAAAAGGAUCUGGUCUAGAUAAUAAUGUAGUUAAUAAAUUUGAUCCAUUUAAAUUUAUGUACAAUUCGCAUACGCAUCACCCUAUUACUAGUAAUUUCUAUUUCUGAGCAUUACAAUUCUACACCUGAAUAUUUAGCAGGCGUAGAUUAUAUAUGCACGCACAUAGCCACCCAUUCAAGGCAAAACUGCUGGUAAAAAUCAGUUGUUGUCCAUCACCAAUUCACAAUUAAAUUGGAGUUGUGAAUGCUUUCAUCAUCAUGGAAUCGUGUUCUGCUCUUGUUUUUCUCCACUCUGGUUUUCUCCACUUUGGUAUUAAAAUUUUAAUUUCUUUGGUA